GGCAGGCAAAGCUUGCUGGUGUUUAAAAAAUAUGUCAACAAUAUAGUCACUUUUUAAAUUAUAACUUACUAUCGUGUUGAAAUCUGUGUAGUAGUUUAACUUAGUCAAAGUUUAACGCUAAACUUUCUCGAGACCAACACGGGCGUCACACACGAUGGACAAACGUCCCCUGAAGAAGCAGAUAGCCUUGGGAGACGACGGGGCGCACAGUCUUGAGAACAAACGCCCCUCCCUGGGCUCCUACACCCCCGUGUCGGAGUCAUGGUACGGCGACCCCAGGGGCGUCGGACACCGCUCCGCAUCCGACGCCAUAUCCAUCAUAUCCAACAAAUCCGAGCCGACGCCCAAGUCAAACCAGAUCAAACGUGACGUCAUACACCAGGCCGGGGUUCGAACCCCGAACAAGAGGACGCUGUCGGACGUGGUUGUGGGGCUGAGCACCCCCCACGGGAAGGCGUCACUAGAGACAAUGUCCAUGUUGGAGUCGUCCAACGCCAGACAGCCAGCGAAAAACAAAGCGAACUUGAUGACGAAGAUCAGGAGUUUGGGAAAAUGGCGGACAAUGGCCAAGAGUAAAAGCGAAACGUCUGAGCCGGGGGAUUCUCUGAUAACAGACGACCUCGAGUUUGGGCCCGUCUGCUACAUAGCUGAUAGCCCGAACAGGAUCUUCAAGUGCGCACAGAAUGGAAACGCCAAGGAAGUUGCCCGGAUCAUCAAGACGGACCCCACCCGUCUGUACGCCAGGAACAAUCAGGGGCAGACGGCGCUACAUCUGGCGGCCUUCAAAGGUCACGUGAACGUCGUGGAGGUGUUGUUGGAGCUUAACCCAGAGCUGGACGUUGUUGACAACCAAGGCAACACAUGUCUACAUCUGGCGGUCCUGGCUGGGUUCGACAAAAUUGUGGACUUGUUGAUCAAAAAUGGCGCAGACACCAGCAUCAAGAACAUGCAGCACAUGAUGCCCAUACAUGUGGCGGCGGAGUUACCGAACCUGGAUGUUGUCAAGGCCCUGCUGGACAAUGGCGUUGACCCCAACAGUCGGGGUGAGUCUGGGAUGACGGCCCUGCACUACGCCGCUGCCAAAGACAACGGAGAGGCCAUGAAGAUUAUGAUGGAGAAAGGGGGUAAACCGUGUGCUAAGUGCGACUUUGGGUACUACCCCAUCCACAUGGCGGCCAAAUGUGCUGCGGCCAGUGCUAUGGAGGCCAUCAUAGAACAAUCAAUAAAAAAUGGUUACACAAGGGAGCAAAUCCUGUCGUUCAAGGACAGGGAGAAUAAUCUCCCCUUGCACGCAGCAGUUAACGGAGGCGAUAUCAAGGCUGUCAGGGUGUGUCUCAAAGCAGGGGCCUCAGUUAAAGCUCAGCAAGACGACGGGUCGACGCCCCUGCACUUCGCCUGCGCCCAGGGUAACAUGGACAUGAUCAAGCUGAUGGAGGAGAUCCAGCAGGAGAACUUCCUCGCCGCCGUGCUAAGUCUGGACGUCAUGAAGAUGACGCCCCUGCACAGAGCCGCUCUCUUCAACCACAUCCCUGUCAUGGAGUAUCUGCUGGAACAUGGCGCCGACAUUGACUGCCGCGACAUUAACGAGAGGACGCCCCUGCUUCUCGCGGCCUCCAAAGGGUGCUGGGGCGCCGUCCAGCUGCUCAUCUACAAGGGAGCAGACGUGCACGUCAAAGACAAAAACAACCGAAAUUUUCUGCAUCUGGCGGUCAAAUUUGGCGGGAAACUCGAACAAAUCGGCGGAGAUUUUAUCAAGGACAUCAAGAACCUCCAGAACGAGAAGGACGACUUCGGCUGCACACCGCUGCACUAUGCCACUAAAGAGGGUCACCUACUGGCCCUGGAUGACCUCAUCAGGAUGGGGGCGGUUCUCAACCUCAAGAACAAUCAGAAGCAAUCGCCCUUUCAUUUCGCAGCCAGGUACGGCCGGUACAACACAUGCCGGAGGUUGCUAGACAGCCAUCACGGACCGAACAUCAUCAAUGAGACGGACGGGUCAGGUCUGACAGCUCUACACAUAGCCGCACAGAAUGGCCACACGAAGGUCAUACAGCUGCUGCUACAGAGGGGCGCUGUUGUCAACAAAGACAACGAUGACAACACUGCCCUACACCAUGCCGCUGCCCACGGCUGGACACACAGUAUGAAGGUCAUUCUCGGGGUUCACGCUAACCUGAUGGACGCCGCCAACCUAGAAGGGGACACGGCCCUGCACAUCGCGGCCAAGAAUGGCCAGACCUCGGCCACCACCCUCCUGCUGACCAUGGGGGCCAAGCUGUUGAAGAACCACCAGGGGCUCGCCUUCUUUGAUUACGUCAUUCAGUACAAGUUCACGGAGGUUGCUGUGGCCACCAUCAACCACGAGAGGUGGGAAGAGGUUCUGCAGACCUGCUCAAAUGUCUACGGCUGUUUUGUUCUGGGACUGAUAGAGCAUCUGCCUGCUGUUUGCUUGAAUGUUCUAGACAGAUGCCAGAUACCAUCACAAGAUGAUCCUAAAAGUCCAAACUAUCAUAUCACCUACAACUUCAGGUACCUGGACACGCCCACUAGUUGUCUGGAGGCCACCAGGAACUCUAAAGACCAUGAAGGUGUUGUUCCCAUGAUGUCACUUAACGCUAUGGUAAAAAAUAACAGGGUUGACUGUCUCUCUCAUCCUGUGUGUGUGACAUUUCUUCAAGUUAAAUGGAAAAGAUAUGGUGUGUGGUUCUACACAGCAUACUUACUUGUAUACAUACUAUUUUUAGCAUCUCUUACAAGCUUUGUUGUGCAUCAUAACUCUCUCAUGCACCAUGAUUCUGAUUGUGACUCUAACUCUACCGUGCAAUACCUCCAUGGAAAUUUGGAAGAUGGGUACCAGUUCACUCCCUUGUAUGUGGUCUGUCUCUGGUUUAUUGGGAUCUACAGUAUUUUGAAUGUCAUUAAGGAAAUAGCACAGUUAAUAACACAGAAGCUGCGCUACUUUGCUGACAUGGGUAAUGGCCUAGAGUGGGCACUGUACAUCUCCACACUUCUCUUUGUCACGCCGUUCUUGUGCCAAAAGUCCUUACACUGGCAGUGGGAAGCUGGGGCGGUGGCCGUGUUCCUGGCAUGGUUCAACUGCCUGGUCUUUCUUCAGAGAUUUGACUUCUUCGGCAUCUAUGUUGUGAUGUUCCUGGAAAUUUUACGGACUUUAGUUCAAGUUCUGUGUGUUUUCUCCAUCCUGAUUAUUGCGUUUGGCCUGUCAUUUUACAUGCUGCUCUUUCAAGAAGACUCUAAAGCCUACUCCACUCCCGGCCUCUCAUUCCUGCGGACCUUCAUGAUGAUGUUGGAGCUGGACUACAUGGCCUCCUUCAAUGACCAGUAUGUUGAUGGCAGGGAGGAAACUCUACACUUUGGGAAUGUCACUCUGAUUCUGCUAACCAUCUUCGUACUGCUCAUGCCCAUUUUGUUGAUGAAUUUGUUGAUUGGUUUAGCAGUUGGUGACAUAGAAUCUGUGCAGAGAGAUGCCAGACUAAAACGUCUGGCGAUGCAGGUUGAGCUUCACAUUAACAUGGAAAGAAAAAUGCCCAUGUUCAUUUACCGAAGAGUAACAAUAGAAGAAUAUAAACAGUACCCUAACAGAUGCCAGAAAAAAAUGGAAAAUUUUUUUUCAAUGAUUUCAUUUAAGAAGGCAGACAGUGAUGGCAGAUGUAAUGAAACAGGAAUGCACAACUCGUACUUGUAUGAAGAAAUGUAUAAGCAAAAAGUCAGGAUGCGAGAGAUGAGUACAGUACUGGACAAGAACAACCAGCUGCUGCGCAUGAUACUACAGAAGAUGGAGAUCCACACCGAGGACGAGGCGUGGGACGAAGGUGCAGGGCUCAACAGUGACGACAGUGGCGAUGAAAUGAAAACCAAUGGCAAGCAGUUUAAAACAAAAUCUUUUAAAGAGAAAAUGUAUCUCAAGUCUGCUGUGGUUGCCUUAUGGAAAAAAGGACAUUCUAAUGUUUGAAACAACUACUUAACAUUCUGUAAUUACAACAAAUUAAUAAGCACUUGAUUUAACGUCUUUGACCAAAUGAAAGUUAUUAAAUGUGGACCAAAAUAACUUCUAUAAGAUUUAAUAUUCCUGUAAAAUAAGUUGUUUUUUUUAAGUUGGUGAUGCCAUGCAGUAAGAGUACUUGGGAUUUUAAGAAUUGUUUUUGGUUGAAAGUGUACCACAAAAAUAGUUUAUACAAGCUUGUAUUAAGUUGUAUAUUGGCGCAUGAUGUGUUAGAUUUCUUUUGUAAAUAUUUGUUUUGUAAAUAUUGCUCAAUUUUUGUACUGUAGUUUUUAACCAUUUUUAUUUUAGUGUCAGCAAAACUCAAUGUUUUUUAACUGUGAUUUAUCAAAAAUGAUGUUAUAAAUAAAAGGGCCUGCUUUUUUUCCCCACUCUUUAUAAUAAUAAUGGAAUUCCAAUGAUUGUCCUCUAUAAUAUUACAUAAACCUUUAAGUUAGCUAUUUGUGUGUGUUUUUUUAUUGUGAUAUAGACUACAUUUAUGUGUGCGGUGAAGCUUAUGGUUAGAAAAUUUAAAAAAACCUUAAAUACUGCCUCAUUUUUAGUGGUGUUGCAGAGAUAAAACUACUUAAAAGCAAACAAUGUUUUUAUAGUUUAGACCUAUCAAACUGCAGGACCUAUAAUAACUGACUUAGUUUUUAAUGCACUCAGAUCUUAUACUUCGUUUAUUUUGUAUUAUGUAGAAAAUUGUGGCAUUUUUUAUUGGUGUAUAAACAGCAAUAUAUAGAUUAUAUAGAUCCAUAUUUUGUAAGUAUUUACAUUUUUUAAAAAUUUUCUACAAAAUUUCUGAUUCUUGUUUUAAUUGUAACAAUGUCUAAGAACCUUUAUAAAAAAACAAUGAAUUUCUGAUCUUAUCAAAAGAAACUAGACAUUGUUGCUCAUUUUAUUGUGUAUUCACAAUGUUGCAUGUCUUAAAUUUACUGUAGUUACAGUAAAAGACAUAUUUUUUAACUGUGCUCAAAAAGCGAUGCAUUGAUAUGAUUAAAAACAACAUUUAUUUUUGUUCAAUGUUGCUUUUAGCUCAAUUGUGUAGUUUUUAUGUUGUUCUGUUACUUUUAGCUCAGAUGUGUAGGCCUUAUGUUGUUGUAACAUUAAAAACAAAAUA